CAAUAAGAAAAACCAAAACAAGAAAAGAAGAGGACAACAAAGUUAAAGCCAAACGAUGACGACUGACACCCGCCGACGUGUUAAACUGUACGCUUUGAAUGCGGAACGGCAAUGGGAUGAUCGUGGAACUGGCCAUGUCUCCUCCACAUAUGUGGAGCGACUCAAGGGCACCUCGCUGCUGGUGCGAGCCGAGUCCGAUGGCUCCUUGUUGUUGGAGAGCAAGAUUCAGCCGGAUACCGCCUAUCAGAAGCAACAGGAUACGCUGAUUGUCUGGUCGGAGGGCGAUAAUUUUGAUUUGGCGCUCAGUUUCCAGGAGAAGGCCGGUUGUGACGAGAUAUGGGAGAAGAUAUGUCAGGUACAGGGCAAAGAUCCAUCAGUGGAGAUUACCCAGGACAUUGUGGAGGAAUCUGAAGAUGAACGUUUCGAGGAUAUGUCGGACACAGCACCGCCCAUUGAGUUGCCGCCGUGUGAACUCUCCCGGCUCGAGGAUAUAUCGGAGACAAUACAAAGCUGUUUGUCGACGCCGUUGCGCAAGGAGAAGUUGUCCAUGGCUCUGGAAUCGGAGAACUACAUCAAGAAGUUAUUGAAUCUGUUUCAUGUGUGCGAGGAUCUCGAUAAUACAGAGGGAUUGCAUCAUUUAUUCGAGAUAUUUAAGAAUAUUUUCUUGCUUAAUAAGAAUGCACUAUUCGAGAUCAUGUUUGCCGACGAUACCAUUUUCGAUGUGGUUGGUUGCCUCGAAUACGAUCCAAGUGUGGCACAGCCAAAGAAGCAUCGACAGUAUCUGAAGCAGUGGGCAAAGUUUCGUGAAGCAGUCCCCAUCAAGAAUCUAGAUCUAUUGGCCAAAAUUCAUCAAACAUUUCGGGUGCAGUACAUACAGGAUAUUAUAUUGCCAACGCCAUCGGUUUUUGUCGAGGAUAAUAUGUUAAACACGCUGUCGAGUUUUAUAUUCUUCAACAAAGUUGAGAUUGUUACGCUCAUCCAGGAGGACGAACGUUUUUUGGUCGAUGUUUUCACCCUGCUCACCGAUCUCUCAACCAACGAUGCCAAGCGACGCGAUAUUGUCCUCUUUCUGAAGGAGUUUUGCAAUUUUGCACAGAAUUUGCAGCCGCAGGGCAAGGACUCGUUCUACAAGACGCUCACGUGCCUGGGCAUUUUGCAGGCCUUGGAGCUGACGUUGGUCAUGAACGACAGCAAGACCAAGUCGGCCUCCAUCGAUAUACUCACGGCCAUUGUGGAGUUCUCGCCGCUUGUCGUGCGCAACUACACCCUGAAUCAAGCCAAUCGACCGGAGGGCGAUCGUAUGUUGCUAAACAUUUCCAUUGAACAAAUGUUGAACGAUUCGGAACCGGAGCUGGGCAUUGCGGUGCAGUUGAUGGGCAUCAUUAAGAUCUUGCUGGAGCCGGAAAAUAUGCUGACUGAGAAGGGCGAUUUUCUUAACUUCUUCUACAAGCACAGCGUCCAAACGCUAGUUGCGCCUCUGAUGCUCAAUACGAUGGGCGAUCGUCCUCUGAACGAGGAUUACCAGACUGCACAGUUGCUUGGCAUUGUGUUGGACAUCUUGUCAUUUUGCGUCGAACACCAUAGCUAUCACAUUAAGAAUUUCUUGUUGCAAAAAGAUCUCCUCAAACGAAUCCUGGUGCUGAUGAAGAGCACACACACGUUCCUUGUACUCGGUGCCCUGCGGUUGCUGCGCAAGAUAAUUGCACUCAAAGAUGAGUUUUACAACAGACACAUUGUCAAGUGCAAUCUAUUUGCUCCCGUUGUGGAUGCCUUUAUUCGUAACAAUGGUCGCUAUAAUCUGCUCGAAUCGGCCAUUUUGGAAUUAUUUGAGUUUAUAAAACUCGAGGAUAUACGCACAUUGUGUGUAUACUUUGUGGAAAACUUUAGCAAGAUAUUUGAUGAAAUCGAAUAUGUGCAAACAUUUAAAUACCUAAAGAACCGUUACGAUCAAUAUCAGGAUCGGCUCAAGGAUCGCGAUAAGUUGGAAAAUCGCACCGAUGGAACUCUGCCGAGGAUACGAAGUGGUGGACGAUUUUGUCGCGAUCAACGUCAAAUGGAGGAGGAGGAGGAGAUGUGGUUCAAUGAGGAAGAUGACUUUUCCGAGGAAAUUGAUAGCUACAACAAUGUCAUAAAAACCGUCAGCGAAAAGAAUGGCCCGCUAACACAGAACCAGUCGCCGCAGCAGAAAUCACCGCCGCACAGCACAUCACCGCACGGUGGUGGACUGUUGGGCAAUUUGAAUGCGACGGCGACACCAACUGCCACCUCAUCAGUAUCAGCUGCCGCACCGGUGGCAAGUGGCAGCAGCAGUCCCGAGCCGUCGUCGUCGUCGUCUGCAGCGGCAGCAGCAGCGAGCAGCAUCGAUGAGCAGACACAGGCCGCAGUGCAGCUGGCAGCAGCUGCAAAUAUUGCACUGCAACAACAACAGCAGCAGCAGCAUUCAUUCCAGCAACAGCAGACGUUGUCCCUGAAUAGCACACUUGUUGCAGCAGCAGCUGCUGUUGCCGUCGCCUCCACAUCGAAUGCGGCUGCUGCGGCGCAGCUGGAAAGCCAACAACAACAACUGCAACAGCAACAGUCUCAACAGCCCGAGAUUGCAGAGCUGCAGCAGCAGCUGAGCGCGGUGGUGAUGCCACAGACACAGGAGCUUCUGCUAUCGGCCACAACAAGCUCAUUAUUGUCGUCAUCGUCAUCGUCCUCGUCUUUGUCAUCACCAACAGCGUCAUCUGCAUCGGCAAUGGAUGUUGCGUCCACGUCCUCAUCAUCAUCAGCAUCAUCACCAUCACCAUCAGCAGCAGCAACAACAUCAUCAUCGCCAACAUCCGCUGCUGCACUCUGCGAUUCGGCGACAGUGGCCGCUGUGGCAGCAUCUCAAUUUCUAACAACGAUUGCAACAGCCAUGGCUGCCUCGGUGACGGCGGCAGCUAGCACGCCCAACACCAACAACAACAACUUGACGUCACCGACUGCUGCUGCCGCUGCAGUGUCUUUGCCUGUGCCCAUUAACUGUGCCGACAGCGACAGUCAGACACCGCCAGCCGCCACAGAUGACAGCGAUGCGCUCAAAAUCGAUGCCGAUGGCGAUGGCGAUAAGGUGGGGGCGACCAGCGUAGAUGCGUCAACAGGCAGCGAUGCGGAUAAGGCGACCAAAAAGCUGGGACUGGUGGACUAUGAGAGCGAUUCCGGUGAGGAUGAUUACGAGGAGGAUGAUGACUUGGAUGGGCCCCAAGCACAAAAGCGCGCGCGUAUCGCAUAGACAGGAGGAGCGUUCUUUGGCAAACAGCGGCGGCAUCAAUUAUAAGCUAGACUACACCCACACAUAGACACACAAACUUCUGUCUCUCACACACACACACACUCACAGCUACACCUACACACACACAAACACACACGAAUGUAAGGGUUGGAAUAAAGUGGGCGCGACAGCUGGGCAGCACCAACAACAGCAACAACAACAAUUUAUAAACACGGCAGACAGCGGUACGAUAUAAGAUCGAACAAACAAAGAAAAGAGAAAAAAGAGAGUUAAAAUAGAGUUCGGGUGUUUUGCUUGCAAGCAAUCAAUGUAAGAACAAGCAAAAAUCGUAAAAUUAAUUUUUAGUCUAAACCAUUUAUUUUAAAGAAAACAGAA